CGUUGCUCCCUCUGUGGCAUUAUAAACUGAAGGGCUGUGUCAGCUCAGAGCUCGUUUUCUGCAUCGAUGCUUUAAUCUCUUGUGGAUUCUUCUUUGCCCAUAAAGAUUUCUUGCCUUUUUCUUCCUUUUUUGAGAUGCCUUUCACUUUUUUUUAGUAUUUGAGGACUUUGGAGGCUGUUUAUGGGAUGUGAUAUCAGGAGUAGCUAAUGGAAAAUUCAUGGGUUUUAGUUCCAUUUCAGCCCUCCCAAGUGCAUAUAAAUACAAUUGGUCAAUUCUAAAACUCUUCAUUGCAGGAACUAAUUCCAACGCCCAAGUUGUGGCCUGUCUUGCUUCCAACAUUUUUGUGGAAAAACAAUGAGCUAUAACAGCUCUACUAUGGGUUCUGGUAGUAGAACAGGCAGGAUGAGCUUUGAGUUUGGGAGGACCCAUGUGGUCAGGCCUAAAGGGAAGCAUCAGGCAACUAUUGUUUGGUUACAUGGCCUUGGUGAUAAGGGGUCAAGUUGGUCUCAGCUCUUGGAAACUCUUCCUCUACCAAACAUUAAGUGGAUUUGUCCUACUGCUCCUACUCGUCCUGUGACAUUAUUUGGUGGAUUUCCUUGCACUGCAUGGUUUGAUGUGGGAGAUAUUUCAGAGGAGUCUCCUGAUGAUUUAGAAGGCUUGGAUGCUGCAGCAUCGCAUGUUGCUAAUCUUUUGUCUACAGAACCUGCUGAUAUUAAACUGGGUAUUGGAGGCUUCAGUAUGGGUGCUGCAACUGCUAUUUACUCUGCGUCAUGCCGUAUUCUUGGGCAAUAUGGAAAUGGAAACCUAUACCCCAUUAACCUCAGUGCAGUUGUUGGGCUUAGUGGCUGGCUUCCCUGUUCAAGAUCUUUGAGGAACCAGGUCAGUGUGUCACACGAAGCUGCAAGGCGCGCUGCGUCCCUGCCCAUUUUACUCUGUCAUGGUUCAGGUGACGAUGUUGUAGCUUACAAACAUGGGGAGAAAUCUGCACAUACUUUAAGUUCAUCUGGAUUUAGCAAUCUAACAUUUAAAUCCUAUAACGGGCUGGGCCAUUACACCAUUCCUGAGGAGAUGGAUGUUGUUUGUAAUUGGCUGACAGUCAUUUUGGCGCUCGAUGGCAUACGGUUGGUCGAUCACUGAAGAAGUUGCAGAGAAUCAUGGAGGUAAACAACGAAGACCAUUUUUUAGGUUCGUAACAAAAAUGGUAGAGACGUUCGAGCAUAGGGGCAGCAGUACGAAUGAUCAUAGUUAUAAGUUCUUUAAUUGUGGUUGCUUCGUUAGUAAAGAAUAAACCAUUGUCUUUCUGGUUUCUGGUCUUUAGCAAAUCUGAUAGAGUUACUGUCCACGUUUUACUCGUUUUCGCCUUCGGUUUUUUAGCCUAAGUUCGGGGGUAUACGAAUCUGAGAAAAUUUUCAAUGUUGUUGUAAUCUAAUAUAUGACUACCUACUUACCACUGA